AUGAGCGUGUGCAAGCUGAAACAAGCCCGAUUCAAGCCGAGGACGUAUGAAGAGUGUCCCAUCGGCGACUCGCUAAACCCGCAGGUGCAGAUGAAAGCGGCGGUCCACAGCGAGGCGCUGACUCACCUGAUCGUCCUGAUCAAAGCCUCGUCCCGUCCGUCCGGCGGUGACAACAGCACUGACAGCUGCGUGUUCUCACCGCCGGCCGGCGAGCCGGGUUUGCGGAGACAAGGCAGCCCGGUCCUCUUCGGUGGACGGACCCCUCGAGGCGUGGACAUGUUUGGCCCCGGGCAGCUGGUGUCCACUCUGCUCCCCGCCGUCUUCCACUCGCCGGCGGCCCACUUCUUCCCCGCGUUCCCCACCAGACUGGGCUCCCAGCCCCAAAUCCUCAUCCCGGGGCCGUUCAUCACCUACGAAUCCCUGAGGAGUUAUCUGCAGCCGGAGCCAUGCAAGGAGGCCCUGCUCCUGGCCACGCGGGCGGUUGGGAUGGGGCCGCUGGCGGAGGGCGCGGAUGAACAGAGGCCAGUGAAGCAGCGGCGCGCACGGGCCAACUACAGCAGCUGGCAGCUGGAGGAGCUGGAGAAGGCGUUCGAGACCACCCACUACCCCGACAUCUUCAUGAGGGAGGCCCUGGCCCUCAGACUGGACCUCAUCGAGGCCAGAGUACAGGUUUGGUUUCAAAACCGCCGUGCCAAGAUGAGGCGGCAGCUGAAGCUCCAGGGUCAGCUCGCCGGGCCGUAUGUGAAAAAAGACGCUGACGAGGCUCCCGAGAAGGCGAGCCGACGUCUGAAGCAGACGGAGAGUUCUGACGGAGAGCACUGGGACCGACAACAGGAAGGAGAGAACUACCCCUGGACAAAAGCGGCGGGCGGCGCGCCGAGCGUGCACGCUCCGCCGCUGGGGAAGUGGGAGAGGCCGGAGGGGCCGGAGGGGCCGAGCUCGGAGGAGCUCCGCUCCUGCAGCAUCGCCAAGCUGAGGGCCAAAGCCAGAGAGCACGAGGCCGAGAUCCACGGCUCCGUAAACAUGUCAGGGGGCGACGCACAAACACAGGAAAGCAACGCCAUGCACAGUGACUGA